UGCAAGAGAUGAGCUUGGAUUUGUGUUUACCAUUUUUGAAAAUGCAGGAAGAGCAGUAAGCAUAAGGUAUUGUUUUCUAGGUAGAGAAUCUCAUAUUCUUAUAGUCUAUGUUUCUAUUAUGUUUUUGUUUUGUUUGGUAUGUUUAAAAAUAAUUGAAAUAUCUUCAUUUCUUUGAUAUCAUGUCUCCUUGAUGUGGCAGUGACUUCAAAGAUAUAUUUGAUGUAGAUCAUUUCAUUACCUCCUUGAGAGGCGAGAUUCGAAUAAUAAAGAUACUGCCACCUAAGGUCAAGAAAAGAGUUGAACUAGGAUUAUUAUACUCAAUGCCACCCAUUAGCUGGUCUAAUAUCUCAUACUAUGAAAAUCAAGUCCUUCCUCUAUUGCUGAAACACAAGGUCAUACAGCUAAAUAGAACAAAUGCUAGACUUGCAAAUAAUGGACUACCUGGUGAGAUUCAGAAGCUACGAUGCCGAGUAAACUUCAAUGCUUUGAGGUUUACUACUCAGAUAGAAGAACUUGGCAGAAUGAUGGUCAAGGUUUUGAGGGAAAAGCGGCCUUUCCUUGCACUUCAUCUUAGAUAUGAGAUGGACAUGUUGGCCUUCUCUGGCUGUGCUCAUGAUUGUUACAGCAAAGAGGAGGAGGAACUCAUAAGGAUGAGGUAA